AUGGCCGCCCCCGGUCCGAAAGGAGCCAAAGAAGUCAUCAGAGCUCAAAAAGGAACCUAUGAGGUAUCGAAAUUGCUUUUCAUUUUGCCUAGGAAACGCCAGAGUGAUCCCUAGAGGCUCCCCUUCAGGGAUUCCCUUAUAUCCCCCUUUAGGGAGCACUAAAGCUUGCAAAAGUGGCCACUCUAGGGGAGCACGCUAGUAGUCCAUACACGAAUUUUUAAUCUUCAACUUUGAACGAAAAUUGAAAAGCUCCUAUAGGGACCACUUAAGCUUCAGGGGCUGGUAAUCAGAACUUUAUAGGGGCCACCCCUUCAGGAAGCACUAUGCUAUCCUCUAUAGAGACUGUUGUUUUUCCUAACCCCUCCGGGUUUCUAGUUUAUAUCUUUCUCCACAAGUCGAAACUGUCUGCACCCUCUUUUCUCUCGCCGGCAAGGUCAUAGAAACUUGGAAAUAGCGUGGUAACAAGAGAGAGAGGCACAGAGAAGUCAGAUUUUUUCGAGUAGUGGCCAGGCUAAAAGCUGCGCCCGACUUCUAGCGACUUUAGCUAUUAUAUAUAUGCUACAGAAUGCCACGCAGCACAAGUAGUUUCUGGUCGGGUGCGUUGAGAAACUUAGUGUAGUUCCGUUCCUGAAAACCUGUUCUCCGAGAAAUCUCUAAUCUUAGAACGCCUAGCAAGAUUGAAUGUGUACUUAGCCCCUAUAUGAGCUAUAAAAUGCCGCUUUGCGCAAGUAGGUUUAGGUCGGGUGCGCUGGAAGAUUUGAUGAAAAAGCAUUUAUGAAAAAAAGAUAAUUUUGAAACGAUCAUCACGUGGGCUCCAAGUUUAGCCUUCAUACGCUUUAAAAUGUCUCUUUUUGCAAGUAGGUUUUGGUCGGGUGCGCUAAAAGCUUUAAUAAAGAGCCUGAAGGAAAGUUUUGCGAAUUUUCCUUUUUUUUUUUGCUUUAUAUUUCGAACAUUUCAAGGUGGUGAAAGCCGUCGGGACUGGAACAUUUGGUUCGAUUUACAAAGUGAAGCGCGAGGGCGACAACAUGACCUUCGCGAUGAAGUGCGAGUCGUUGAAGCUGAAAAGAUCGGUACUUGGGUUUUUUUUGGGAUUUCUUGAGAAAUAAGGAACCUUUUGGGAAGUUCAAGAGAUAUGAAGAUUUGAAUAAACUUUGUACAGAAGCACUUUAAGGUGUGCUGAUUUAAAAUUAAUCGGAAAAAGGGAAAACUUCGCUUUCGGAUCGAGUUAUCACAGGCAAUGUUCAAAAGUAUUAGAAGAAGCCUUCAGAAGGCCUUUCUGAAUCUCUUUCCUGAAUAAAGCAUAUACAAAGUUGAAAAUGGAGGUCGCAAGUAUCAGAAUUGCCUGAAAAAGCGAGGAACAGAAACUUUGAAGAAUAUUUCGAACCUUAUCAGGAACUGAAAAAUGAGCUUUUGCUUUCUUUGGGAACGUGAAAAAGAAGAUUUGAAAAAGACUUGCGAACGGCCUCGAAAAUGCUUCAAAAAGAAGAAUCUAGAGCUUUUUUUGAGCUUUUAAAAGAAGGCAUUUCUGAAUCUCUUUUCUGAUUAAAGCUUUUUGAAAUCUAGAGCUUUUUUGACCUCUUAUAAAAAGUGUCGGACGUUUCUUUGACCGUCUUCUAAAUUUCCAGAAAAAGGUCGAGAAAAAAAGAUACGGGUUAAGCCUUUUCUUAAAGGUUCUUUCUAGGUCCUUCUGGACUUUGCCCGUGAUAUUUAUUGCUCAUUCUACAGCUCAUUACCUGGAUUUUUCAGCUUCUGCGACAAGCCUCGAGUGUCCUCGCCGCCUGUACGAUCCAAUCGCCGCAUUUCGUGAUUUCUGAGGAACGUGGCACCGUCCCGAAUCGAUUUCUUUUCAUUAUUUACCCAUUGGUGAGCAAUUCUGAGUUCAAACUGAACGGAUCUGGUCAAUUUAUGAGCGUAAAGAGUAGAUAUAGCAUAUUAAAAAAAAAUCUGAAGCUGAGGGGCCUCUUUAGUGUUAUUCAAAGUCAUAUUUUCCCUUUUUCUCGGCUUGAAAUUAUGUUCAAAAAACCUGCUUUCGACCGCUUUUUGUGUGAUAAACGCCGCUAAUUUUUUUCUCUAGUUUCAAAGAGCAUUUUUGGGUAUUAAAAAAUUUUUUCAAGCAAAAAUGCUAUAGAGAAAUAUUUAAGUAAGCCCAUGGUCUAAGUUUUUUUAAGAAAAACAAAAAAACUCGAUUAUAUUCGCUUAUUAACGAUAUUUUUGAAUUAUGACUUUCGGCACUCCCUAAAAUUUUUUUGGCAAAGACGAAUUUUUUUAUUUUAUUGUUUUAAAAUUACCGUUACUUGAAUCAAAAAUCAUUAUUUAAAAAAAAAGAGUGCGUUGGACCUGAAAAACACAUGAAAAAAAGCAAAAAAAUGACAAAAAUUUUUUUAGCUCCAUUCACGUUUUUUUGUACGACAUUCCGCGAGAACGCAUCAAAAAAAGCGUGAAAUAUUUUUUUAAACGAAAGAGGAAGCUUUUUCUGUACAUGUGUGUCAAAUUUUAUUCGCCAGUUCCACAUAUUUUUACAACUACAACAAAAUGAAAGUUGAAAACCAAAAAAAAGCCACUUUUUCUAUCGCGAAAAGGGGCGUGGCUUUGCGGUCCCUAACUAAACCCCUAUAGCUUUAGUUCUGCCUCUAUAGGGAUUUUUGAAUUUUUUUUUUUGAUUUGAAAAUAAAAAAGACGUAUAGGGGCAGCUAAUAUGCUCCCCUAGCGUGACAAAUAAUUGAAGCCCCUAGAGUGGCCGCUUUUUCAAGCUUUAGUGCCCCUAUAGAGAGAGGUAAUUAGGGUUUUUAGAGGGAAACCUUCUCUUGGCCGUAAGGUUACCCCUCAAGGGGCCACUCUGGCUUUCCUUAGUUAUACAAUCUUUCUGGGCUUUGGGCAAGAAUUUGAAAAAGGUAUUUUGAACAUAAGAUUGAUCAUUCCAAGCUUUCGGGCCUUUUAAGAAUCCUGGAAAAGUCUCAAAUUGGAUUUAACUGAUAAAAAUGUCGUAAAUUAAUUGAAUUUCCUUGAAGCUGGGCAAGAACCUGGUUGACUUGAUCAGCGAGACGACCGACGGAAAAUACACCCUCCCGACUUGUCUUCACCUCGCCGAACAGACUCUUUCCGCCGUUCGAGAUCUCCAUCGGGUCAUUAUCUAGAUAUCUUUUCAAAUUUUGAACAAGAACCCCCUCGCCUCGUUAAAAUCGAACCAAAUGAAGCUAAAUUUUUUCAAAACUCGAGGUUUUUGAAGGUACAUAAAAAUUAUAAAAUAUUCAAAUAGAAAAUAUGGAAAAUCACUCGAAAGCCUGAGAAGGAAGGUCAUAUAGUUUGUUCAGAUUUUGAAUGUCAAAUGCAGUGACGUCAUUCAAAAAGACUCUGUGGAUGGCUCGCUCUCUGAUUGGUUUAUCGCGCUAUUAGGGGCGGAGCUUGAGCGACGACUUGAAAUUCAAAACCUGAACAGACUAUAUCAACUUGUGGUUGAAAAUUCCCUGAAAAACGGCCAGAAAACUCCUUGAUGGACCAGAAAUAGAUCCUGAAAGACUCAACCUGCAAAACUUCCUAAUUUUCGAGAAGCAAGGCCUGAAAUCAGAGAAAAACCCGUUAAAAUGAGCUAUUUUUGGGGUUUGAGCCCUUUUUUCUCGAUAAUUAAGAUAUUUUGCAGGUUGAGACUGUCAGGAUCUGUUUCUGGUACAACUAGAAGUGUUCUAGCCAAUUUUUAGGAACUCCCCAGAAAAAAGUUUAUUGACCUUUGUUGUGAGAAGGGAGGACAUUUUGAUGGAAUUUUUGUAAUUUUUCGAAAAUUGGUCCAAAAAAUCUCAUGAGGCCUGGAUAAAUUUGGCACUCUGCCAAGGUCUGUAAUGAUCUGUAAUGAAUUUGAAAGUUCAUAUUUUUCCUAAUAUAAUAAAUCCUUCCCGUCUUAAAAGGCAAGAUGAGUAGAUUGACAAAGGGUGACGCGUUGCGUACGCGACGCGGUUUUUUUGGCGCGAAACUCGAGAUCAACCUCGAGCCACCAAUUUUUUCUUCUUUUUUGACAGUUUUUCAAUAAAUUGUAACUUUUAUGGUUUUCAAAAGAUUCACUGGAACGGAUAGAAGUAUAAAAAUACCAAAAAACUUUUUCUCUUCAUUCUUUUAUGAUUGCGUUUGACCUGAGACGGCAUUUUUUUUUGGCGACCGCCCGCCCAUAUUUUUUCAGUAAAGUGUAGAGUGUCGUGUGCAUACACUGCGACGCUCUGACACACGCCGCGUUCAAUGUAAUUUUCGCUAACUGAAAUUCAGUUAUAUUUUUCAUUUUCUGGUGGCUAUUUUGAAUUUCGCGGAAAUACUUUCAACACGCCCUGUGUUUUAAAACAAAAAAAAAUCAGAAAAAUGCCGUGGCUUAAAUUCCCCACGUAAAAGCCGCGUCGCACACGCAACGCAUCGCCUUUGUCAAUCUACCAGUCUCACUUUUCAAAUCUGGAAGGUUAAUUAAUUAAAUUCUUAUCGAACAAGGAAGGUGAUGAGAUUUUGGCGGGAAAUGCUGAUUUAAACGCGACUCGUCUUUUUAGUAUUUUGUGAACCUUUUUUGUUUUAUUAUGAAUGACACUGGAAUUUCAUCCGAAUGAAUAAAACAUGAAAAACUAGAGCGUUCGUGUUUGAAUUUGUUUUUCGCGCCAGAAAUCUCGUCGGGACCGCAAAAAUUAAGGUCUAAGAAAAGUCUAUAUGACAGGUGGACCGAAUGGAAAAAAUCCCUGUAGACAGUUUUUGGGCGAAUUUUGCGGAUGAUUCCAAACAAAGUGGCCUUCCUUGUCAGUUAUAGUCUGUUCAGAUUUUGACUAUCAAGUGUCAUCGCUCAAGCUCCGCCCCUAAACCAAUCAUAGAGCGUUUUCGCAUGACGUCAUUGUAGAUCAAAAUUUGAACAGACUCCUACAGGACGCGCUUUGUUUUCUCAGUCUUUUUUUAGUCCUUUUCCUAAUUUCCUUUCUUUUCUCUCAAAACCUCGAUUUUCUUGAAGAACGGCUUCAUCCAUCGGGACAUCAAGCCGUCGCACUUUUGCGUCGGGUUGGAGGACAACAAAACCCAUCAUUUCGUCUAUUUCAUCGAUUUCGGAUUCUGUAAGAGGCCGAAGUGCGUUCCAAAAAGAUCAGAAAUACUCAUGGAGGUUGAAAAUGAAGGCUAGAAUGAACUUGGGAUACCUUUGCGCGCAAGUAGUUUGGAGUCGGGUGCAAUAAGAGUUCUUCCCCAUGUGUUGAGCCUUUUUCUUGCGGUUGUAUCGUCUUUUGACCUGAAAAAAGGAAGGUCAGAGGUUGAAUUUGAGUGGUUUUUCUUUUCCUGUGCUGAAGAAUAUCUCGAUGCGCAAGUAGUUUAUAGUCGGGUGCAAUAAAAGUUCUCCCGAGCCAAUUUUUCGCAACACUGAAGCAUUUGAAGUCCUCGCGUGCUCUAUCAAACGGUUAAAUUCAAAAAAAUCUGAUUUCUCUGCGACUCUCUCACCUUUACGUGCUAUUUUCAUUUUACUAUGACCUCGCAGAUGAGUGAGAAGAGAGCCCAGACGAGUCAGACUUUUCAAAAUCCUUGCGAAUGAUCUUUGAAAAAUGCUUUUCAGAGGAGUCGGCGAAGAAACGAAGGAUGACGGGGACGAGGAGGAGAAAAAACUCCGAAAAGGCGUAAAUUACCGAGGAAUCCUCAAAUAUGCCAGUCUCAACGCUCAUCGAUCGGUUCGUAGGAAGAAUUCCAGAAGAAAAAUGGGAAGAUUCGUGAAAUCGCUGCGAAACACAAUGAAACAGCAAACUGUGAAACCUGAAAAAUGCGUCAGAAACUAGAAAAAAAAAAAUUUGUCGUGCUAUUUUUUGUCCGGUCGCAUUUGGAAUGGCUAGACGAGAUUGAAUUAUCAGUUUUUCUCGUUUUUUCGGUCAUUUUUUCGCCUUAAGUCUGUUAUUUUCAAGUAAUCGAGCGUAAGUCGUCUUAUGGUCGGGCGCAAAAACAUGAGCAUUUCUGAAAGUUUCUCGCAUUUUGAACGGCUGUGGGAUAGGAAAUUUGUUUUAUUCGAAUCAUGUUUCGGCUAAUUCUCUUCGAGGUCAUCGAGCGUAAAACGGUUCUAGUCGGGCGCAAAAAAAAAAAGAAUUUUUCGCAAAUUUCUCGUAUUUUUGUUUGCAUUGUGAUAGAAAGGGACAUCUUUUAUUUCAACUCAUUUUUGGCUUAUGCUUUUUUAAUCCAUCGAGCGUAAAUCGGUUCUAGUCGGGCGCAAAAGAAGACACGAGUACCAAAUUAAAAAAAGCUCUCUUUUCCUCUCAUUAGAGAUAAGAGAGAGUGCAGAUAAGUCAGACUGUUCGAAGAAUGCUUCGAAAUGAGUUCUCCAGAAACCCGUCGGCUACAAAGACGACAUGGAAAGCUGGUUCUACAUGGUUAUCGAAUUUCUGAUGCACGGCCUUCCUUGGAAUAGCCUUCACAAGGUUUUUUUUCUAUUUUGAGACAUUUUCGCUGCUUUUUUUUAUCACGAAAUCGCUCAAAAUCUCUAAAUUAUUAGCAAAACGAGAAGGAAGUCAUGGGUAUGAAGGAGUUUUACCGGAAGGAAGAAAAUUUUGCCAAGGUUUUUUUAAAGGUUUUCAGAAAAAUUCAUGAUCUCCAUGUUCAGAUGUUCCGUCAGCCAGACGUCGCGCACAAUUUCCAUCUAAUUUUGAAAUCAAUCGAUAAUGUCAAGGAGCCCAGCGAGUACUGCGACUACGACAAAAUCUGGGUUCUCAUUGAUGAGUGUUUCACGGUCCGUUUAUAGGGGUUCAGAAAGAAAAAUGCUGUUCAAAUUAUAUGUCAAUUGAUAGUUAAUGCAAUUUUGAAGCUUUUUCAGUACAUGUCUUUUGGGGUUACUGUAGGAUUUUUUCGAGUUACGGUACAUUUUGUAGUUGGAAGGUCUAUAAACUUUGGAAAAAUUGAGUUUUUCUUGUUCAAAUGUAUAUCAAUCGAUAGGUAAUGCAAUUUGGACGACUUUUUCAGUACAUGUCAUCAGAGGUUACUGUAGAAGUUUUUGGGUUACGAUGCUUUUUGCACUUGGAAGGUGUACAAAAUUCCGAAAAAUUGAGUUUUUCUGGUUGGAAUGGAUAUCGAUCGAUAGGUAAUGCAAAUUCGAAGACUUUUUCAGUAUAUGUAAAUUAAGGUUACUGUAGAACUUCUUGGGUUACGGUACAUUUUGUAUAAUGAAAGAGAAUAAAGUUCAAAAAAAUGGAAUUUCCCUGCUCCAAAUGUAUAUCAAUCGAUAGGUAAUCCAAUUUGGAAAAAUUUUUCAGUACAUGAAAGUCAAGGUUACUGUAGAAUUUUAUUGAGUUACGGUACUUUUUGUGAUUGGAAAGUGAAAAAAGUCCAAAAAAUGGAGUUUAUCUGGUUGAAAUUUAUAUCAAUCGAUAGGUAAUCCAAUUUCGAAGACUUUUUCUGUACACGUCAUAAAAGGUUACUGUAGGGGUUUUUGGGUUACGGUACAUUUUGUGAUUGGAAAGUGAAAAAAGUCCAAAAAAUGCGGGUUUUCCUCGGCGAAAUGUAUACCAAUCGAUUAGUAGUACAGUUUUAUAUUUCAAAGAUUAUCAAUUCCCUUAUUUUAUUCAAAAUUAUAUCUAGAAAACAAAGUCGAACCGGAUGGCGCCGCCCGACUGGGACUGUAUGACCGAUUAUCUUGGUCCAGCUUAUAAAUUGGGUCAGGUCGAAAUUAAAGCACCAGGUAAAUUUGUAUCGAAAACUUUCCCAUAUUUCAAAAGCUUGUUCAAGCUCCACCUCCAGCUCCAGCUCCGGCGAAUCCUGAAAACUAA